AUGGCCGACAGCAUCAUUUUGCGCGGACAGGCCAUUGUUGAGCAAGAAGGUGACUCAUCGUCGCUCAUGCAAGUUGGGACUUUCCAGACUGCCCUCUUAGACCUGUUAGAGUCGCCCUCUGGACAUUACUUGGAAGAAGACUGGGAAUCCUACCUCAGUCGAAGCGCUGACAGCGUUGUUGACGUCGUCAAUAAUGCAACGAAAGAUACUGAGCUUCCCCUCGACCGUCUAUCAGCAGGAAAGGGGUUGUUUUACCGAUACGAUAAAACAGAAAAAGGCAUCUACAGGGAUACCCUCUCUGCCCUGCGCACCUCGAUCGACCUACAGCCACGAAACAGAUUCGGCGGACUCUGGUACUACGUCUACCCAAACUGGAGCUAUCUAGACGGAAUGUUCUCCCUGCUAUCAUUCUACCCCUUAUACACCUCGCACUCCGAUAUCAACAACACAGCCUCGGUCAACAAGGACCUCUUCCAUCAGAUCAACCUUCUAUGGGGGCAUUGCCACAAUGAAACAAGCGGCCUUCUCUUCCACGGCUACGACGCCACAAAGACAGCCUCUUGGGCUAACCCCACAACCGGCGCCAGUCCAUUCGUCUGGGGUCGUUCCCUGGGCUGGUUCAUGAUUGCACUAGUUGACUUUUUGGAGCUCGCGCCCAUUGAAUCGGACUCUGACUCUCAGAUAGAAAUUGCGACAUGGCGCGCUCGAUUCGUCGACCUUGCCAAUGCCGUCGUUGAGGCGGUUGACCCGGUCUCUGGCGCCUGGUGGCAAGUCAUGUCGGCACCUGGACGGAAAGGUAACUACAUAGAAUCUAGUGCGUCGGCGAUGUUCACGUAUUCCUUGUAUAAGGGGGUGCGAAUUGGGCUUCUGGACGACAAACGCACCAAUCCCAAACACAAGGGAAAUGCAAAAUACAACUAUACCGACGUCGCGACUCGAGCCUACCGCUCGCUUGUGGACAGGUUUGUCGUGGAGAAUGCAGACGGAACACUGAGUUAUAAUGGGACUGUGAGCGUUUGCAGCCUUAACUCUACUGCUAGCUACGAGUACUAUGUUACGCAACCACUGUUAUAUGACAGCGUGUUGGGCUCAGCAGCGUUUGUUCGCGCCAGUACGGAGCAUGAGUUCCAGCACUAA